AUGAUUGCUGCCGCUCGAUCGGUGAUUGCAAGGCGUCUAGUAGAUGCAGAGAAAGUUUGCAUCAUGGGAAGUUCAGCUGGAGGGUAUCUCGUUCUGUCCGCUUUGUUACAUUCUGAUGUAUUCAAAGCUGCCGUAUCUAUCUAUGGUGUGGGCGAUCUUGUUGGACUCGCUAAGGACACCCACAAAUUCGAGCGUGGCUAUAACGAGGUGCUUAUAGGAAAGUAUCCAGAGGACGAACAACUUUACAAGGACCGCAGUCCCAUCAAUCAUAUUGAUCGAUUACGAACACCUAUCGCGUUCUUACAUGGAAAAGAGGAUACGGUAGUUCCUGUAAGUCAAAGCGUCGAGAUGUAUGAUAAACUACGACAGAAAGGUGUCACCACGGCAUUGAUGCUAUUUGAUGGUAAUAAUCAUAAACGAUGUGAUUUCCUUUGCGGCUGUUACCUAGAUGAGGGGCACGGUUUUCGCGGUGCAGAUGCAGUACGACGGAGCACGGAGGCAUCGUACGUUUUCCUAUGCAAAGUGCUUGGCAUACAACCGUCAAUCUCAUCAGAU